AUGGAGUGGUCUUGUCUGUCUUCUUGUGGCGAUGGCGAUGGCGUGGAGAGUGAGGAAGCAGUGGAGAUGGCGAUGGCGUCCGAGUCUGCUGCGUCUCUCCACAAUGACGACAGAAGAGUGAUGAUACAAGCAGCAAAAAUGGCGUCCGAAGAGUCUGCGUCUAGGCAGGGUAGCCGUUGCGCAGCUACCAGAGAUGCCAUCGGAUCCGGUGAGCUUAAAGCGGCCGAGAUCAGAGACCCAUGGAAGAAGACCCGUCUAUGGCUGCGGACCUUUCUCUCCGCCGAGGAAGCCGCUCGAGCAUAUGACGCUGUCACCAUGAAACUAAACGGCCCAGAGUCAAGACCAACUUCUCACCUCCUCCCACUUCUCAAUUAA